UUUAUAUUCGAAUAGCAUUUUGCAAGAUUACAGAUUUUUUUCCCUGUACUUUUUAUCAAAUGUCACUCCCAAAAAUGUCGUCACUGGGUUUGGCUUGCGGUGGUCAGUGUCAGUGUGUUGAUUGGAUCUCAGUAACCGUCCAUCACUCACUGACCCUCUCACACAACUAACAGUCCACUCUUGUUCUCGCUUUCAGCCACAUUUACUGGGUUUUCUGUCGCUGUGUGUUGUGGAAGAUAAAGAUGUUCAGAACCAUAUACAAGCAGGCGAAGAAACAUCCCGGGCUCAUGCCUCAGUUCCUCUUCAUGUUUGUUGGAGUGAGUGGAGCGUUUCUCUAUCUGAUCCGGCUGGCUCGUGGACCUUACAUCAGCUGGGACAGGAAGAAUAACCCUGAACCGUGGAACAAUCUCGACCCGACCUAUCAGUACAAGUUGGUGGCCGUCACCACAGACUACGAGAGUCUGAAGAAAGAAGGACCUGACUUUUAAAAGACCUCAGCAGAACUGCAGGCGCACACACACACACACACACACAUACGCAUAUACACACACGCAUUCAAACACACACACACACACACACACACACACACACAUAUAUAUACAAUUAUAUUUAUUAAAUAAGGAUCAAAGAUGAGGCAUGUCAACAUCAAAUUACACACGUUUUGAUUUGAGUUUCAUAAUUUACAUUUUACAUACACAGAAAGAUUGUUAAAUGUUUAAAAAGUGUUCAAUGUUUCAAGUAACUUGUGAAAAUAAAAUACAAAAAUAUGAGUCUAA